AUGAAUGAUCCUCUCGUCGAUAUCUGGCUCAUUACAGGAAAGGAUGGAAGAAUUUUCUCCGCUCAUUGCCUGGGCUGUAAGGCAGGACUAGCGGAAUCGUGUUCACACAUUGCCAGUGUCUUAUUUUAUAUCGAAUGCUGGACUCGAAUCAACGGAAAGCUGGCUUGUACGCAAGUAAAAUGCUCAUGGCUCCUUCCAACUUAUGUAAGUAAUGUGGCCUAUGCUAGGGCAAAAGAAAUCGAUUUUUCUUCUGCUAAAAAGUUAAAAGAAAAACUUGACGAUAACAUUGAAUCUUUUAAUGAAUAUUCUCAAUCUCGAACUGUUGGAGACGCAACGAACAAGAUCACGACCCGGAGCGGAGGAUGUGUCGGAGUUUUACAAAAAGCUGAAUCAGUGUGAAACAAAAGCUUCAAUAUUAAGUUUGAUCGACCCAUAUGCCAAUCAAUUUAUUUCAAAAAGCAGAAACAUUCCAGUUUUAACAGAUCUUUACGAAUCAAAUAAUUUAGAUCUGAAAUACCCCGAACUUUUACGGAAAUAUUUAGAAGUUAAGAUAAACAUUUCAGACGAAGAGAUUGACAUCGUCGAACAGGACACGCGCACUCAAGCUAAAAGUCCAGGAUUUUUUAGGCAUCGUGCUGGCAGAAUUGGAGCCUCUGUCUGUGGUGCUGUGUUCCAUGGAAAUCUUGCACAGCCUUCUCAAAAUCUAAUUUAGUCUAUCUGCUAUCCGCAUCUAUUUAAAAUAAACAACAAGGCAACCAAACAUGGUUGUAAAUACGAGGAACAAGCUAUCAAAAGUUAUGAACACCACAUGAAAUCGCUACACACCAACUUUCAAAUUAAAAGAUGUGGACUUUUCAUAAACAAAGACUUUCCUUUUAUACAUGCUACACCAGAUUUUCUAAUAUCGUGUGACUGCUGUGGAUUGGGCUGCGGGGAAGUUAAAUGCCCCAUUUCCGUCACAAAUGGUAACUUCAACGAAUACAGCCUGAAAGCAAGCUCUUGCCUCGAAAAUGUGAAUGGAGUAUUAAAGUUAAAGAAAUCCCACAACUAUUACUAUCAGGUACAGCAGCAGCUAUUUACAUUGCCUGAUCGAAAGUAUUGUGACUUUGUUGUUUUUGCCAUUGAUUCUGAUGGGAACUCACAUGUUUUAUGUGAUCGAAUCAACCCUGACCCAUCCCACUCAAGCGGUGUUAUGAAAAAGAUCGAAACAUUUUGGAGAAUUUGCAUUCUUCCAGAAAUGCUUGGAAGAUGGUACACCAGACGGUGUGAUCUACCUGAAAGCAAACUCAUUGAUAAUGUCAUAUGUUUUUGUAGGGGACAGCCUAAUGAUGACAUUGUAUCCUGUACCAAUGCUGACUGUCCAUAUGGACAAUUCCAUACUAAAUGCCUUUCUUUACAUAAUGUGAAAAUGCCAAAGCAAUGGUACUGCCCUCACUGCUGUAAACUACCACAGCUCAAAAAACGGGCAAAGGCUAAAGUUGCACCAUCUCAGGUAAACCAGGCUGCUAUGUUAAAAACUACAAUUUGUAUCUGUAAUGAAAAGGCAACCAUGACUGAUAGACUCAUUGAGUGCCACAAUGUAAACUGCAGCAAUGGAAAUUUCUUCCAUCUGAAAUGCUUGGGGUUGAAAAGAAUGCCUAACAAUUCCAAGACAACAUGGCUAUGUAAUAUCUGCCGAGGAAAAAAGGGCAACACAAUGCCUUGUGAUAAACCUACCACUUCUACUUCUACAACACCUAUUACAAAUCCUAAAUCACCUGCAACAACAUCAAACUUAUCAGAUGAUGAUGAUAGUGAAGAUGAAAUAGAAAUUACAAAAGUGUCAACUAGUUCUGGUUCUGUUAACAAGUAUGCUAUUCUGGCUAAUUUAAACAAUGCAGAUUAUGACAUCAUUAGUGAUCCUGCUGGAUGGCUUACUAGUGACAUUAUCCAAUAUGCUCAAGUCCUGAUAAAAGAAGUUAACCCAGCAAUUGAGGGCUUACAACGACCAACUCUUGGAAGAGUCAGAAACUUUGAUGUAGUGUCUAGUGAAUUUAUUCAGAUUCUACACACUGGAAGUGAUCACUGGGUCUGUGUUAGCUCACUGGGCUGUCCACCUGGAUAUGUUCACCUGUAUGAUAGUUUAUAUCAUGAUGUUAUAAGUCAAGAAAUAGAGGAACAAACCAAUGACCUCCUAGGUGGAAGUUUGAUUAGUUUAGAUUUUGUACCCGUCCAGCAACAGAGCAAUGGUAGUGACUGUGGGUUUUUUUCUAUUGCAUUUGCCACAUGUUUAGCUUUUGCUACUAAUCCAAGUCACUUUACUUUUGACAUUCCCAAAAUGCGCUCACACUUAUUAUCAUGUCUCAAAGAUGAGACAAUUAGCAUGUUUCCAUCCUUCUAA